CAGGGGUAGCCCGGGCCGACCAUGGCCGCAGGGCUAAACGAGCCGGUGCUGCCGACCGGGCCGCCCGUCCGUCCGUCCGUCUGCGUGCUCCAGCUCCAGUUGCUUGCUUGCUGGUGUCUGGCAUUCGCUCGCUCUCUCUCUCGCACAGUUCACUAGGGAGGUUCCGUGAAUCCUCACAGCUUCUGCUGCUGCUGCUGCUGCUGCUGGGUCUGUGUGUGUGUGUGGAUCUGCUGUCACUGCCAUUCUCUCUCACUUCCUUCUUCCUCAGUCUGUCUCGCCCGAUUGGUAAGCCUCUGGAUCUGCGUUGUGUGGGUUCGCUCUAUCGUCUUCCGUCUCUGUCUCCUCCACGUCGCCUCCAUUGGUUCUGGCCCUUGAGCAUCUUGGGGUGUCGCGGCGUCGUCUGCAUCGUCUCAUCCUCCCCCCCCCCCCCACUUGCGAGGGGGCUUGUAUCAGUUCUUGCUCGCGGCGUGUGCUCCGCUCUGAUCCCAGGAUUGCCGUUGUGUGAAGGUCGAUGAAUUUUUAGGUGAAAAGAAUUAGCUCUCUUGGAGUUGGUCAAGAUGGCCGCUGUGGUGAUGGAUUUGUCGACGGCAAGAGGCGUCCGAUGUACCGCCUCGAGCCACAGUCUAAGCAGUGCCCGAACCUGUUCAACAAGUUCUUCCUUGCCUUCUGGUUUUAAGAGCCAGAUGCUCAGCGUGAAUUUAAACGUAGUCAGGCGAGCAGGAAAGACGGGCCGCUUGGAAGUAGUUAUGACAGCAACCCUUCCACCGAAAACACAGGGUUCACCUGUAAGUAAACGACCAACGGAGACACAUUCCAAAGUAAUGCACUCUAUAUCUCCAGAGAAGUUGGAAAUGUUCAAAUCCCUCGAAGGCUGGGCCUCCAAGACUCUUCUACCUUAUUUAAAGCCCGUGGAGAAGUGCUGGCAACCACAGGACUUUCUCCCAGAGCCCUCUUCUGAAGACUUCUUGGACCAAGUGAAGGAGCUUCGGGAGAGAGCCGCAUGCUUACCCGAUGACUAUUUGGUGUGUUUGGUCGGUGAUAUGAUCACUGAGGAGGCUCUGCCUACGUAUCAAACUAUGCUGAACACACUAGAUGGGAGUCGGGAUGAGACGGGUGCCAGUCCCACCCCUUGGGGUGUAUGGACUCGUGCCUGGACUGCAGAAGAAAAUCGUCACGGAGAUCUUUUAAAUAAAUAUUUGUACUUGACUGGCCGGGUGGAUAUGAAAAGCGUUGAAAAAACUAUCCAGUAUCUAAUUGGAUCUGGCAUGGACCCUCAGACAGAAAAUAAUCCAUACUUGGGUUUCGUCUACACCUCGUUUCAGGAAAGGGCUACUUUUAUUUCACAUGGUAAUACGGCACGGCACGCCAAGGAACAUGGUGAUGCGAAGCUCGCAACGAUUUGCGGCAUCAUCGCUGCCGAUGAAAGAAGGCAUGAGAAUGCAUAUACCAAGAUCGUUGAGAAGCUAUUUGAAAUCGACCCGGAUGGUGCUAUGCUUGCCUUCGCUGAUAUGAUGAAGAAGAAAAUUUCCAUGCCAGCACAUCUUAUGUACGAUGGCCAAAACAACCAUCUUUUCGAUGAUUUCUCACUUGUCGCCCAAAGAACAGGCGUGUACACCGCCCGAGAUUACGCCGACAUCAUGGAGCACUUGGUGAAGAGGUGGAAUGUCCCUAGUAUUACAGGUCUCUCGGAAAAAGCGUUAGCUGCACAGCAGUACGUGUGCGGACUGCCUCCACGUAUAAGAAGGCUUGAUGAACGUGCCCAAGCGAAAGUGAAGAAGGGUCCUAAGAGAGGAAGCUUCAGCUGGAUCUUUAAUAGAGAAGUUGCGCUGUUGUAGAUGCCAUCACUUUUGUACAGAUCAUGGUUUGAUGGCAAAGAACAACCUGCGGUGUGUACUAGAUUGUGUACUCGUCCGAACAUUGCAUUUGGUGUGCAUUCUGUGCGUGGCCUUCUUUUUCUCUAAUUUUUUGAGCGUAGGGGAACGGUUCGAGACUCUGUAUUUCAGUUGUCGAGACACUGUUGAAGCGGUUUGUGAUUCCUUCCUACUGGACGGAAGCGUCACGUUCGAAAAGUUUCUGGUUUUGGUUGAUGAUUAUCAUCACAUCUUUUUGUGGCCGCAAUCGGAAUGCGACUUUCAAUUCUUACCUCAGACACACGAAACCCUUUGAA